AUUAUACACAUCACUAUAGAUUCAAAUUACAUUAUAAAUAGACAUUUAAAAAUUAAAUAGGUAAGAUACAUUAGCGAUCCAGUAUCCAAGUCACGAUGUGUUUUGACUUUUCCACGAAAGAGAUCGCUUGAAUUGGAAGAAGCGGCUACAGGACACGUUGUCGCCGCGGCUAAGCCUCCGUCCUCCACGUACUCACCCUUCCCGAAAGCUACGGCCCACCAUGCCCAAGCUGGAGCGAAGGUCCUUGCUCAUGAAGCACACGACACGCGCCCAAAGUCGCAGCUUCGUGGCGACCCGGUCGACAUGCCACCGCCCGACCUAUAAGAACCACACCCGCCUCGAGCUCUCCACCUCAACAUCAUCAGGAUCAACCGCCUCACGCUUUCGGUUCCAAAUCCAACCACCUCCACCAUCACCUCCGUGCUCCCCGUGCCACGCUUGACGCUUCCCCUGUCCGUCCGAGAGCUUCACUAGCUAGCAGCCAUGGACGGCAAGGGCUACACCACACCGCCGACCGCGCCCGCGCCACAGGCCGAGGCAGGAGCGCCGCACUUCUAUCCCCCGACGGAGCACGCCACCGCGCCACAGCCAGGAUCGCAGGUCUCCUAUCCCCCGAUGCCAAAGGCCAUGGACGGCCAGGACGCCGCCGCGCCACAGCCGGGAGCGCCGCCGCCGCACCCGUCCUCCCCACUCACGCAGCAGGCCAUGGAGUUGGAGGGCAAGUACGCCGCCCCACAGCCGGGUACUGGAGCUACACCGCCUUCGUCGUCCCCCCUAACGCAGCAAGCCAUGGACGGCAAGGACGCCGCCCCGACACCGCCCACCGAGUCGGCGCGGUGGGGUACGCGGCAGAUGGGUCCGCCAGCGGCGCCCGGGGCGCACACGGAGAACCAGCAGGCAGCGCAGUGGACGGCCACGCGCGGGGACCAGGAGCUGCCGCCGUACGUCAUCAUGGGGGCACCGGAGCCGGCGCCAGCGGCGUCGGCGCGACGGACUGACAAGGAGGCCGAGGGCGCGGGCGGCCAGGAGGGCGCGUCGGCGAGGGGCGACGGCGGGGAGGCGGUGAGGCUGGCAGUGGCGGAGAGCCCGGUGCUGGUGGUGGGGAGGCGAGGGUGAUUGCGAGGGGGUUCACGUAAAAACGAAAUGUUUUUUAACUCAUAAAAGGACCGCGGGUUGAAUAGCCGAAAACAUAAGGACUUUUUGCAAAACCGCCAGCGACAUACGGCAGAAGCGAUCUGUGGUUUAUUAUUAGGGGAGAUAGGGCACCGGGGCAUGUUAUAUAGGGGCCUAUGGGGGCUCUCGGACCGUCAACUCAAGCUGACUAUCGAUGUGGAGCCUCUCGAUGGUGCGCCAGGAAGAGGAUGAACAUAUAGAUAGGUGGGGUUGGGCUGAACAAAUAUGUAUGUUUUGGUGGGCUUCACGUGGGAUGGGACUCCCCCCCCUUGGUGUCUCUCUUUUUUGUUACGAGUAGGAGUGUAAUUAGAUGUGAGUAGAUAUUCCUCGGACAUCGGAAAAAUACACUGGAUUUGAUAAAAAAAUGUUUGAGGAUUCUUGGAAGAUAAAAUUGGAACAAGUUUGAAUAAAAUACAAUAAAUUCAAAAUUGA